CUGGGGCUAGGGCACGCCAGUUUAUAGCUCUUCCGCUUGCUGGGCACUGUGUCUUCGUACAUCCAUCUCAUAGUUUAUGGAUUACUAGUUAUAAUUUACCCAAUCAGUGCCCAUCUUCCCAUGAUAUUUUGGCCCCUUCGAUGUCCAAGGAAUACAUGCCAGGCAUGCUCAGUCACUCACCGUCUCCAGAGAAACAUAAAGUUCCCGUGGUGGUAGGGCUGAUGGAGGCAAGAACUUCGAAGAAGCGUACACGAGAUGACGAUGCUGGAGGAGAGAAUCAUAACAGGAAUCUUUUUAUGUCAGAUAUUUCCAACAGUCACUUCGUAAACCCUCCAACUUGUCGGGGAUAUUCCAUCGAACAGCCCGCACAGUCCAUGGUGACCGUUAUCUCACCCCCUACAACUACAAGACUCUUCCACGGCUCUCGUAUAAAUCUCGAUAUUCGACCCCGUCUACGCCCGGCCGUAUGUAAACGUAAACGCACGGGGGAACACAGAGUUCCGGAGCACCUCCCACAGACCCCUUACAACUGCAUGUCAGAUCCGGGCUCUAAAUGCACGCUUUCACACCCUUCAUCUCCGCACCGGCCAGAAAGUGUUCAGCAACAACGGCAAAAUGCUGACAGGCCUCCUCCCACUGCCGCACCUAUAUUGACCCCCUGCCAUAUCUGUUAUCGUCGUCCCACCAUGCACUUCCAGCUAGAUGCGUAUGCCGACUGCGAGUUAUGCAGGAAAAGAACAUGUUAUAUCUGUCUACGGGAGUGUGAUGGACCGGAUUGUCGCACAGGUGUUAUGGAUACAUCAAGUGGGUCAUGUGAGCGGUCAUCUUCAGGACGAAAAAUGUGUUCAUGGUGCGCUGUAGAGGGAGUGACAGAUUCUGGAGUCGACGCUGUAUGGUGUGUGGAUUGUGUGCAGCGUGGAGAGGCACGGUGUCAAGAUGAUGCAUGGAUGGGUGGCUGAUGUUUAAAUGGUUCUCCCUUUUUACUUUUCUGCUACAAGAAGCGGCGGCCUUGUAUCGGCCUGAGGACUUAUCAACUGCUUG